AUGUUUCGUAAACCGUCCAAACUGUCUAUCAGCUCGUACACGGACGCCACCACCGGUAGCAGCACAGUUUCGACUCAGCCAAGUCAACGCAGUUUACGCGCAUCCACCCAGCUGAUGAUGGCCUGUUUGGCCCUGGUCGAUUUUUGUGGUCAGCUGAUCAGCUGUUUGCGUUACACCAUUCUAUGCCUGACUCAGUAUGACGUGCGACUGCUCUAUAGCGAGUCAUUUUGUCGUUUGCAACUGUUUGGUGAGUAUUGCAGUCAAGACGGCUCGGCUUGGUUUAUGUGCGCGAUCACGGCCGAACGGUUCUGGCUCAUGCUUCGCCCCACAUCCGGCUACAGUCGAGAUAAGAACAAACUGUUGCCGAGCGCUCUCACUCUUCUAAUCAGCUCAUUGAUGACCAUCGGGAAAAAUGCUAUCCUAUUCUCAUCCACUCAGGCCGUGUGCGAUCCGGCCUACAAUCACAGGGUGUUUUUCUUCGUCGAUUUGGUCUACAAAUGCCUGAUCCCAUUUGCAAUUAUCAUGGCCACCAGUAUCGGUAAUCUGAUCCUGAUGCACCGUCAAAUGUUGAAAAUGUACGCGAAUCACAUGCGCAUCGGCAAAGGACUUUCAAUUGUGACAAUGAGUAAAAAACAACGUGCCGAACUGCCCCCCUCGACUGCCGCGUUUUGGGAGGUGAUAUUUUCCUGUCGAAUCACAAUCGUGUCUGGAGCGGUGUUCAUGUUCGGUGCACUGCCGAUUAAUUUGUUCAAACUGGUUGAUUCAGAAUUCGAGAAUGUGCUCACCGCGCGUGAUAUUUGUUCGCUGAAAGAUGUUCUGUACAAUUUUAUUAAUAUCAUGUACUGGACGUGUGUUGGUCUCCGGUUCUAUCUGUAUCUGUUCAGUUCGCCGCGUGUGCGAAAUGAUAUGUUGUUAAUUGUGAAAAUCAUUCUGUUCCGGUUGCACUGCUUAAAAUUGAGCGAUUUGGGCACAACAGGUGAUAUCUCUGGUGGCACCCACAGUCAAACUGGACCAAGUGUACACAUGAAUGCGGUGGAGUAG